AUGUACAACACAAAAUUCCCCAUAGAAUUAAUUAAAAAGAAGGUCAAUCAAAAUACUAUUGCUUAUAAAUUCAAAUGGAGUAAUGGAACAAUAUCGAUUGAACCAAUGAGUUAAUUAACUCCUUAAAUGUUAGAACUUGUACAUAAAUAUGAAUUGUAAUAACACCACUAUCAAAUUAAUAAGAAGGUUAAACUUAAUUAUACAGAACUUCCUACUUAAUUAUAAAAUUAAUCCAAAUCUUAAUAAGAUAUUAAUUAAACAUUUUUAUUCAAAGAAUAAGAAGAACCUAAGUUUAUUACACAUAAGGCUCCUAUCAAAUCAUCUUAAGAAAGUAAUACUUUUUAAUCUAACAUUAUUUCACCUCAAGAAUUUAUACCAUAAAAUUAAUCAUCAAUAACCAAAUAAUAUUUGAAAAAGACCUUUAUUAAAUAACCUCAUCAACCAAGACCCAACAAAGAAUGUGUUAUAAAAAGUAUUAGGAAAGACAACGCAGAUAUUUUCUUAUUGGUUACUGAUGAUUAUACUAAAUGGGUUAAAUUUGAAGAUCUAAAAAAAGAUUCACCUAUUACUUUGUGUGAUUAUCUUUUAUCCAAAGUAAGAUUUAAAUGA